AUGCAAGGCACACACAUACUCAACCUCGCGCGGGUAUUCAUCCUCAGCCUGGUGUUGACGUGCCCCUGCUUCAAAGCGAGCGCGAUCGACCUCAACAUCGACGAUCCUUCAAACAUCAAACACGUCGCGCGCCAGAUCGCCUGGGAUCUUGUGAGCUUUUACAGCGGCAACCACACCGGCGACGUCCCUGGCAACCUCCCCGAUCCGUACUACUGGUGGGAAGCGGGCGCGUUCUUCGGCACGCUGGUCAACUAUUGGACCUACACCGGCGACGACACCUACAAUGCGAUCACCAUGCAAGCCAUCCUGCACCAGGCCGGGGAGAAACGCGACUUCAUGCCCACCAACCAGACCCGCACCGAGGGGAACGACGCUGCAGAAAACAACUACCCCAACCCUCCCAACGAUCAACCCUCGUGGCUGGCGCUAGCGCAGGCGGUCUUCAACCAGCAGGCCGCGCGCUGGGACCCUACCAAAUGCGGCGGAGGCUUGAAGUGGCAGAUCUACGCCUUCAACAGUGGCUACACCUACCGCAACGCGAUCUCAAACGGAUGCUUCUUCAGCAUCGCCGCCCGACUGGCACGGUACACCGGAAACAGCACCUAUGCGGACUGGGCCAACAAGGCAUGGGACUGGUCCUCGGGGGUUGGACUGAUCGGGCCCCACUUUGAGGUCUACGACGGUACCAGCGAAGGGAACAACUGUUCGGAUCUCAAUCAUGUGGAGUGGACGUACAAUAACGGAGUCUUCCUGCUUGGGGCGGCGCAUAUGUGGAACUACACUAACGGCGAUGAGACCUGGCGACACCGGAUCAUGGGGCUGCUGGAGGCCCAGGAUAUCUUCCUCUCCGACAACGAGACAGCGCAGAACGUGUUCUACGAGUCCGCGUGCGAGAACUGGGACACCUGUCAGGUGGAUCAAUUCUCCUUCAAGGCGUAUCUGUUCCGCUGGAUGGCCGACACGGUCAAACUGGCGCCCUUCACCCACGAUCUCAUCCUGGGCCGUGUCCGACCGACCGCGCGGGCGGCGGCCGCCCAAUGCGUGGGAGGCGCGACCGGGACGUACUGUGGAAUGAAGUGGACAACGGGGGUCUACGAUGGGACCAAAGGGGUGGGACAGCAGAUGUCGGCGCUGGAGGCGAUCCAGACCCUGCUCGUCGAGUCGGUGGCGGGGCCCCUUACCCACCAGACGGGGGGCUCCAGCAAGGGGGAUGGGGCGGCGGGCACCACAACCUCGGAUAAGGCCAGGGACCCCAGUGCGCUCAGACCCAUCACUGCCGCCGACCGGGUGGGCGCCGCGGUCUUGACCGGGGUCGUGAGCGCUUUGGUGCUGGGCACCACGUUUCUCAUGAGGCCUUGACGAUGGUCUAUACUCGAGAAGUACGUGGUUGAUCAAUUUGAAUUGUUGUAUUGAGAGACUUCGCUUGCGCGGUCUUCCAUUAGCCGUGUUUCUGCCCACACUGUUAUCAGUCAACCUUGAGACUUUGUUCUAUCACAAAAAGAUUGCUAUUUCGCUUAUGCACACGAUGGGAAGAUGUCGAAAAAUACUCCAUCCAGAUGUUCCGAAC